CUGUUGCUGGCAGUGGGCGGUCAUGCAGAGGAUGUGGUGGUGCUUAGGGGAGGAGGAGGAGGUGGCCUCCCAUGAGAUGGAGGAGGGGGGAAUCCAGUUAUUCAAGGGUGUUUGGUUGGUAGGAGGAGGAGGAUCCCGGGAUAAACAAGCCUGACUCUGCUUCUCUGUGAGGGAACAUGGCGGCUAUGGAUCUGAUGAAAGCUCUGGAGCUCCCGGCUGGGGAGGAGACUGCUCUAUACUGACUGGCAGAAUUGGCCCAGGUCCCUUCCCGUCUAUUCUCUGCUCGCCAAUAACAAGACACAAAGCUGACAGGUGCCGGAGUCGGAAACUGGCAUCCAUAGCCACUACACAGGAUGGAGCUAAGAAGAUGGAGUUAAAAUGUUUGAAUUUUGCAAUUUACACACCAGAUCCAAGAGAGCUAUAGGAGGAGUUCCAGUAUAAGCCAAAGUUGCUGAUAUGUGUUCAAGAUGAGUGGGAUGGGAGAAAAUCCCUCUGACCCUAGCAGGGCAGAGCCACGGAAACGCAAGGAAAGCCACGAUCAGCUUGGGCCUAGUCCAAAGCGGAGCACGGAGAAGCGGAACCGAGAGCAGGAGAAUAAAUAUAUAGAGGAGCUGGCAGAGCUGAUUUUUGCAAACUUCAAUGACAUUGACAACUUAAACUUUAAACCUGACAAAUGUGCAAUUUUGAAGGAAACCGUGAAGCAAAUUCGCCAGAUCAAAGAACACGAAAAAACAGCAGCUGCAAAUGAGGAUGAAGUUCAGAAGGCGGACGUGUCCUCAACAGGCCAAAGUGUCAUAGACAAGGAUGCGCUUGGACCAAUGAUGCUUGAGGCCCUGGAUGGGUUCUUUUUUGUGGUGAACCGUGAAGGGAACGUGGUGUUUGUUUCUGAGAAUGUGACCCAAUAUCUUCGAUACAACCAAGAAGAGCUGAUGAAUACAAGUGUGUACAACAUUUUGCAUGUGGGAGAUCACAGCGAGUUCAUCAAAAACCUGCUGCCAAAGUCUUUAGUAAAUGGGGGGCCUAGACGAAAUAGCCAUACCUUUAACUGUCGUAUGCUGGUGAAGCCAAUGAUAGAAUGCGAGGAGGAAGGUCAGGAAUCGCAUCAGAAAUAUGAAACUAUGCAGUGCUUUGCUGUAUCCCAACCAAAGUCAAUUAAAGAAGAAGGCGAAGAUUUUCAGUCUUGUUUGAUUUGUGUGGCCAGAAGAGUUCCAAUGAAAGAGAGGCCUGUGCCUCCCCCGUCUGAGAGCUUCACAACGCGUCAGGACUUGCAAGGAAAAAUAACAUCUCUGGACACAACCAAUAUGAGGGCACUAAUGAGACCAGGAUGGGAGGACUUGGUGCGGCGAUGCAUCCAGAGAUUUCAUUCCCAGCAUGACGGAGAAAUAUCUUACAGCAAAAGACAUCACCAAGAAGUUCUCAGGCAGGGUCAUGCGACCAGUCCUAUCUACCGCUUUUCCUUGUCGGAUGGCACGACUGUUGUGGCCCAAACAAAGAGCAAGCUCAUGCGUUCACAGACUUCUAAUGAACCUCAGCUUGUGUUAUCUCUACAUGUGCUUCAAAGAGAACAGAACGUGUGUGCAUUGAAUCAGGACUUGACUGGACAAGCAAUGGGAAAGACAUUAAAUCCAGUUCAGUCCAGCAGUCCAGCUCAUCAGGCAAUGUACGGUGGGAACCCAGGUCAAGAUACGACCAUAAGUAGCAAUAUCAAUUAUGCCAUAACUGGCCCAAAGGAACAAAUGGUUGUGUCGACUGGCAGGUUUGUUGGUUCAGGUGGAAUGAAUCAUAUCUCCAGUUUGCAAGCAUCCACUCCUCAGGGUAAUAACUAUGCACUUAAAAUGAAUAGCCCAUCACAGGGAAGUCCUGGCAUGGGCCAGGGUCAGCCAAAUUCUAUGCUUUCACCAAGGCACCGUGUCAGCCCAGGAGUGGCAGGAAGUCCUCGGAUUGCACCUAGUCAGUUUUCCCCUGCAGGAAGUUUGCAUUCACCAGUAAGUGUUUGCAGUAGCACAGGAAAUAGCCAUAGUUACACCAACAGCUCUCUAAAUGCACUUCAGGCUCUCAGCGAGGGCCAUGGCCCCCUUGCCCCCCCAUUGUCUUCGCCUGAUCUAAAAGUUGGAAAUCUUCAGCAUUCGCCUGGCAACAUGAACCCUCCUCAGCUUAGAAAGAUGGGUAGCAUGGACUCUAAAGAAUGUUUUGGUCUGUAUGGGGAUCAGCCUGAAAGUGCUACUGGACAGGGGGAGUCCGGGUGCCAUUCAAAUGAGCAGAAAGACUGCAAUGAAAACCUGUCAACUGUUGUUGACAAAACGGAAGGACAAAGCCGAUUGCUUGAUAACAAAGGUCAGCAAAAACUGUUGAAAUUGCUCACUAUAAAAUCUGAACCGAUGGAGCCAUCAGCGCUACCUAGUAAUACUUUGGGAGACAUGAACAAAGACUCCUUGUCACAUUUUGCAUCAAACAGUAUGUCUGCCUCAGCACAUGGAACCUCACUGAGAGAGAAGCAUAAAAUUUUGCACAGACUCCUUCAGGACAGUAGUUCUCCUGUUGACUUGGCCAAGCUUACAGCAGAGGCCACUGGGAAGGAACUGAGCCAGGAGUCCAACAGCACAGGUCCUGGUUCAGAGGUCACUAUAAAGCAGGAACCAGUCAGCCCCAAGAAGAAAGAGCAUGCACUACUUCGAUACUUAUUGGAUAAGGAUGAUACUAAGGAUAAUGUAGCAGAUAUCACACCCAAACUAGAGCGAGCAGAUAACAAGAUGGACCCUAGCAGCUGUCCAAAAUUAUCAACUGUCAAAGCAGAGAAGGAGGAGCCAAACUUUGGACACCCUGACCAGCUUAUGCAGCCGGGCUCUGAUUUGGAUAAUCUAGAUGAAAUUCUGGACGACCUGCAAAACAGUCAGCUAAGUCAGCUUUUCUCAGACAGGAGGCAUGAUGGCAACUCGGCGGAUAAACAAGCCAUCAUGAAUGACCUGAUGCAACUGGCUGGUGAUAACAGCACAGGUCUCUCUGCUGGGGCCCAGAAGCAGAGAAUGCUCCGGAUGCAGCAGAACAAUGGUUUCAAUAGCCAACUGGCUGCACAGCUGGGACGCUUGCCAAACCAGAGUUUACCACUGGACAUUAAUUUACAAAGCCAAGCAAAUGCAGGAUCUUUUCCACCAAUGAGACACAGCGGUCCGUACACUACUGUGCCUCAGUCUGGAGUGAUGAAUAACCAGGCAAUGAUGGGCAGUCAAAGCAAUGUCAGUAACAGCAGCCCAGGUAUUGUAGGAGUGAAUGGCCCCAGGCCAGCGUUAAAGCCAGGAGACUGGGGCUCUCAGGCAUCUGCUGUAAGACCAGCAUGCCCAACCACAAGCACUGCUAUGAACAGGCCGAUUCAUGACAUGACCCGCAGCCCAACAACCAGCAUUCCCAUGAGGCCAGGCGGCCAGGUGUGCCCUAGGCAAGUGCUACAGUCACAAGUAAUGAAUAUGGGGUCUUCUGAGCUCGAUAUGAACAUCGGCGGUCGUCAAUACACCCAACAGCAAGCACCCCCUAACCAAACCGCACCCUGGCCUGACAGUAUUUUGCCUAUUGAUCAACCCUCUUUCAACAAUCAAAACAGGCAGCCGUUUGGCAGUCCUGCAGAUGAUUUGAUUUGUCAGCCAAUUGCAUCGGAGUCUCCUACAGACGACGGGAACCUUCUGGACCAGCUGUACAUGGCCUUGAGAAACUUUGAUGGGCUAGAAGAGAUUGACAGAGCCCUUGGAAUCCCAGAGAUGGUUAGCCAGGCUUCUGAACAGGAAUCAUUUGUAAGUCCUGAAUCAAACUUAAUGAUGGAGCAAAAGCCGCCUCUCUAUAACCACGCAUAUGCAACUCAAGGACAGAUGGCUCAGAACACUUACUCACCAAUGCAGGAUCCUGGCUUCAACCCCAUGGGCCAGCGUCCAAGCUAUGGAAUCCUGCGUAUGCAAAACAGGCCCGGGCUACGGCCUACUGGAAUGGUGCAGAACCAGCCAAACCAGCUGAGACUCCAACUGCAGCACCGCCUUCAAGCACAGACCCGGCAGCAGUUAAUGAACCCAAUAAACAAUGUCUCAAACAUGAACCUGGCAAUGAGACCUGGAGUGCCGGGGCAGCUGAGAGAGCAGGGGCCGAUCAAUGCACAGAUGCUGGCACAGAGGCAGAGAGAGAUCUUGAGCCAACACCUACGCCAAAAGCAACUUCAGCAACAACAACAGCAGCAGCAGCAGCAGCAGCAACAACAACAACAGCAACACAGGGCUAUGAUGAUGAGAGGCCAAGGUCUGGCUAUGCCCCCUAACAUGGUGGGCUCUGGAGGCAUUCCUGCAUCAAUAAACAGCCCACGGAUCCCACAAGGCAAUACGCAGCAGUUUCCAUUUCCUCCGAACUACGGUACUGGAAUUCCAUCCCCACCACCUUUCACCAGUCCUUUUUCCCCAGUGCCCCCCAGCCCUGGGUCACAGUCGCUCUCUCACAGCUCUUUGCAUGGCUCCCAGAUGAAUCUGGCUAACCAAGGGAUCAUGGGGAACAUGGGAGGACAGUAUGGGCCUGUCAUGAAUUCCCAAAUGCAGCACAAUGCCUUCCAGUUUGCCAACUCAGGGAUGAGUCAGCAGUCAGACCCAGGAUUCACUGGAGCAACCACCCCACAAAGUCCAAUCAUGUCCCCUAGAAUGGGUCAUAUCCAGAGCCCUAUGAUGCAGCAGUCACAGGCCAAUCCUGCAUACCAGUCAGAGCUGAAUGGAUGGACACAGGGGAAUCCUGCUGGAAACAGCAUGUUUUCACAACAGUCCCCUCCACAUUUUGGCCAACAAAGUGGCACCAGCAUGUACAACAGUAACAACAUGAACAUCGGUGUGUCAAUGGCAGCCAAUGGGAAUGGCAUGAACAGCAUGAAUCCGAUGACCGGGCAGAUCAACAUGACCUCAGUGACCUCUGUGCCUACAUCAGGGUUGUCUUCUAUGGGCCCAGAGCAGAAAUACUGCUGACCCGAAAGACUACAAAAAUGUUUUUAAUCUGCUGACCAUGUUCUCCGUCUGGAAGAGUGGAGUGGUCACAAGAGCUCGGCCUGUUCUGUAGUGUUCUUAGAGACCGGCCCGGCAACCAGCCAAGCUCUGCUGAAGCAACUAGCAAAGCACUGUAAUCCUGAUCUGCCUCCCAAUUCUGAGCUGAAGCAGUUGUCCGAGGAACAGCGCCCUCAUCUGGCCGCCCCAAGCUAGAGAAGCAGGCGGCCCCGUCUGUUCACUGCAUUCACCUUAGUGCAACUUAGAUACCUUCUGCGACGUCAUUAUGGACAGGCAAAUGUAACUGAACUCUCUGAAAAUGAAUGUAUUUAAUUGUAUGUAUUUAAAGAUGACUCUGCUCUUUAAUGGUUCAAUUCCUCACGUGACUUCAUGAGUUGUUGACACUGGCUUCUGACCUCAUGCCCAGUAAAUACUGUCGCUGUC